ACCGUCGCUAAAGCUUUUAUUUUGAAAUUAAAGUGGGACGUUCUAACUGUCGCUUUGGCUUUUAUUUUGAAGCGCCAGACCGGAUCUCCGCAUGUUGUUUAUAUGUCUUCUCCCUCCGGUCAUUCUCACCGACUGUCCUCACACACCGAAUCCGACUAUGAGCGCUGCUGUGCGGGCUGCGUGCGUGGUCCUCCUCGGCCUCCUCUGGGCCUCCGUCUCUCCGUCCUCCUCCUGUCGGUUUCGGAUCCCGCCUCACGACCAGGUCGCCCGGGUCGCCCGCUUCAUCGCUCACCGGUGCGACUGGGCCUCCAUGGCCACCAUCUCCACCCACAAGCCGGUGGUAGGGCAGCCGUUCUCCAACGUUUUCUCGGUCAGCGACGGGCCGCAGGGCUCCAGCUCCGGGGUGCCCUACAUGUACCUGACCCGCAUGGAGAUCUCUGUAAAGGACCUGGAGGUGAACCCUGUGGCGUCUCUGUCCAUGUCUCUGGCUCAGACUGAUUACUGCAAACAGCAGGGCUUCGACCCUCAGAGUCCUCUCUGUGCCCACAUCAUACUGUCCGGAUCGGUCAUCGAGGUGAACGGGACGGAGGCGGACUUUGCUAAAAAAGCUCUGUUCAGUCGACAUCCGGAGAUGAUCGACUGGCCGACUGAUCACAACUGGUUCUUCUCCAAGUUCAACAUCACACAGGUGUGGGUGUUGGAUUAUUUUGGCGGGGUGAAGACCGUCACUCCAGAGGAAUAUUUCCAAGCCUCACCGUACAGGAAGCACCACUGACGGGGGUUGAACCCGUGACCUGGGAGAUGUCGGUUGGAAUCCCACUCUCUUUCUACGAGACGACAUCCUCAUCUCAACCAUAAACUCCACGUGAAAUGCACUGAAGUCUUCCUCGGGAGCUGAACUUUUUAUUGUUUUCAGAGUCAAAAUCUAAGAUCUAUACACUAGAGAUGCUUGACUAUAUAUUUGAUGGAAACAAAUUCACUCAAAUUGAUGAGAAAUUGCAGAUCCACUUGGCAGAUAAAUAUAUUUCAGUUUGCUCAGAUGAAACUCAGGUUAUUUUACAUUGGAUCAUCUUUGUAUAAGAGUUCUGACAGAUUCAAAUUAGUUUCAGUAGACAUUUCAUUUCAUUUAAAAUGACAGGAGUUCAUAAUAUAGAGGAUGAAGAUGCCUUUUUUAUAUAUAAUGUCUAGUUUUCAUAAACACUAAUAAUCCAGAUCACAGUAUUAAACAAAAUUAUCAGCUGGGCAGUGAUUCUUAUAUAUUGAUCGAUCUGUUUAUCAGUUUUUGGUUUGUUUCCUUCUUAAAUCUAUUGUUUUUCAAGAAGAAAAUAUUACCAAGGAAUUCAAACUUUAACAAUAAGUCACAGGUUUCAGUUGCUGAUCAAAGUUAGAAAGUAAAAAUGUGUGAUUAUAUAUAUGUGUGCAGAGGUGUGUAAUUUUGUCAUUGAUAGGACAGUCGCAGUGUUGGAGUUUGUCCACUGAAGGGAGCCGUCAUGCUGAUAAAAACAGACGAGGAGUGAGAGGUCAGACCUCAGAAACAUUCAAAACGUAAUUAUACGUAUUUUAUCGUUUAAGAAUUAAGAAUAGCUCAUUUUUUUUCUUUUAUUUAAACUAAGUGUGCAGACAGACUCCAUAGUAAAAUAAGAAACUCAACUAUACUGAUUGAAUUUCUAUAUACUUUCUCUGUUAGUAUGAAUGUCACUAAAUUUAAGAUAAAAUUGAAAAUAUCGAAACGAUAUUAAAUAAUUGUAAAUCUCCAUCUUUUUACAUAUUUGCUGGAACAGGAAACGCACUUUAAAAGUAUUUUUCUUUUCCUUUCUGUGGUUUGGUUUCGUGGCUCAACACUCCAAACUCCAUUCAAUAAAAGGGAGAUUUAUGGUGUGUGAUUUGACAGGAUUUGCACUGGAAACAGCUUUUUGUUCUUUUCUUUGCUGUGACAACAAACUGCAAUUUAUGUCUUUGUCACAGACAAACAGAAUCAAAAUGAAUCUUUUUAAGUAGAAAAGUUUUAUUAAAUCACAGAAGUGUGAUACACAUGCCAUAAUUAAAACCCUAUUUUUUAAUUAGAUAGCAUAAAACUUGAAUGUCUCAUUAUGGCAGGAAAUUUGUCUUUAUCUCACCAGAAAAAGACAUUAAAAACAGGAAACAACAAUAUACAUAACACAAUAAAAGUGAACACAACACACAUUAAAUAUAGGUUUUUAUUGGUGGGAACUAAUAAUUUCAUCUAAACUGGCUUCUUGCUACAAGAAAAGCCCACACAUUGAAUGUAAUUAAUUAGGAUUAGGGUUAUAAAGUCUUGAUUAUACUUUUAAUAACUACAUCCCACGAGUCUUGGCCAUUGGCAGGCUGUUUAAACCUCAUGGGAACUGUAGUUGUUGAAGGCUAACAACAUAAUCCCUGAUGUGAACAAGAAAGUUCACUCUUCGACCCUUGGAGACAGUGGUUUGACAAAAAAUCUCAACUCAAGGUCUAUUUAUUGGCUUUCUCUGGAGCUUUCAACCAAUUCUCACCUUCUUUGUUUGCAGAUGAAGUAACUCCUCCCAACUUCAGCCGCACAUUUGCUCUAUUUCGUAGGUCGACCUGGAGUUACGUUUUUUUUUUUUUUUAAUUUGUGAAAUACGUGUCACAUUUUUAAUAGAAUCACAGAGUUCAGUCAUUACUACUGUCCAGUGCAGUUGUAGAUACUCGUUUACCUUCACUGUGGGACAGAAAACCGGUAAAUUAUUCAGAAAAUGCACAAAACCUGUCCCCAAAGAGGGGUGGGGCUAAUUCCCGACGAGGGGCGGGGCUUAUCGAUAGUCAGGGUGGUGGGCGGGGCUUUACUCUGCGUUCCGAAGAAUUCUUAGCUCGAUACUUCCUGCCACUGUGAUACCUUAUCAGUAAUUUUGAUUCCCGCUUCUAAAGCCGACUGAAUCUGCUGCUUGUGUGAAGCCUUGAACAACUAUCUCUACGUUUUUCUGCUCCUUCAUGCUGAAGGGAAAUAUUCGCCUUCAGCAUAACUUUAAGACUUUGCUGUGAAAUUUUAUUUUUUUGAGAGAAUAUUAAUGGAUGAUUUGUA